UACGUUUUGAAGUUUUCAGAUUAUGGUUUUUAGUUUUUACCUAUUUUUCCAUUUCUUAAAGGCGAAGAAAUCAAAUAACAAACGGACGGUACCCUAAUUGGAUCGCAUUCAAAUUCCGCUAUUAAUUGCAAUCAAAUCGAAAAUUCAACAACAUUUUUUCAUCAUUUUCAAUCAAAACGAUCAAAGCGAAUAGAUCAAAUAUUGAACUCUUCGAAUUCAAUCAAGUUUUGAAUUUAAGAGUUUUUUUUUGUUUUUUUUUCUUCAAUUUUCGGAAUGGAUUCCAGCAGGCGAGCGGUGGAAUCGUAUUGGAGAUCGCGGAUGAUCGAUGCGGCAACCUCUAAUGAAGACAAAGUAACACCCGUUUAUAAGUUAGAUGAGAUCGCCGAACUCUUGAGAUCUUCGCAUGUUAGUAUCGUGAAAGAGGUCGCCGAGUUUAUCUCGAAACGACUCGAUCACAAAAGUCCGAUCGUUAAACAAAAGGCUUUGAGGUUGAUAAAAUAUGUUGUGGGAAGGUGUGGUGUGGAGUUUAGGAGAGAGAUGCAGAGGAACUCAAUCGCGGUGCGUCAGUUACUUCAUUACAAGGGGGAGCCUGAUCCUUUGAAGGGGGAUGCACUCAAUAAGGCUGUAAGGGACAAUGCUCAAGAGACUAUUUCAGCUAUAUUUGCAGAGGACAAUAAUAGCAGCAAGCCUUCGCCUGCUGAUGAUCUGAAUAAACGAAUACAAGGAUUUGGAAAUACAAACUUUGAAACGCCUGUAGAUGAUAAGAAAUCAAUUCUCAGUGAGUUUGUUGGCAUUGGAUGUGCAUCUAUCAAGCAGGGAAUUAGUAGUCUCACUCAGGUUCAUUCGUUUAGAAAGAAUGACAACGGAAAGAACAAGGGUCCUACGCUUCGAAGGUCAUUGACUACAGAAAUUGACAAUUCUGAUAGGUAUGAACCAGUUGUAUUGCCCAAUGACACUCAAGGAGUUUCCAUGAAUACUGCCAGUGGACCUUGGGGGCAGGACUUAGGAGAACUCAAGACAGAAACAAAAAAUGGGGAACCCAGCUCAAAUCAUUCAGUGACUAAAACUCGUGAAGAGAGAUUAUUGGAAACCAUAGUGACAUCUGGUGGUGUUCGUCUACAGCCUACUCGAGAUGCCAUUCAAUCUUUUCUAGUGGAGGCUGCAAAGCUUGAUGCAUUAGCUUUAAGUCAUGCGCUUGAAUCUAAGCUUCUAUCGGCAAUAUGGCAGGUUCGCAUGAAAGCUGUGUGCGUGCUUGAGUCCAUUCUGAGGAAAAAACAUGAGCAUUUCCUAAUUGUGGCUUCUUAUUUUACCGAGAACAAAGAUGCUGUUUUGAGAUGUUCUGAGUCUCCCCAAACUUCUCUCAGAGAAAAGGCUAACAAGGUAUUGAUCCUUUUGAAUGGGGAACAGAUAGGAGGUUUGGCAAGUCAUUCAGAAAAGUCUUUGAACGCGGAGACGACACCUGUUCAAAUGCCUGACCUGAUAGACACUGGUGACCAGGAUGAUUGUAAUGAACUAGAUAAUUCCACCAAAAACCAACAUGAUCAAAAGACUCCGAAUCUGACUGUAAACCCACUUAUGGAUGAGUUAUUAGUAGAUGACCUGGGUGCUGGUCUCAGCACCAGGGAACAGAAAAAUGAUGAUGAUCCCUUUGCAGAUGUCUCAUUUCACACUGGUGAGGGUAGAGAAAGUGUGGGUGAUCUCUUCUCUGGGAUAACUAUAAAUGACAAGUCAGUUGUCGAUGGUAAUUCUAUGGCUGCAAAUAGAAAAUCUGAAGUAAUUGAUAUCUUUGGAACCAAUUCUGAAGCUCUGCCAGAGACUCAAAAAAAUUCUGUUAGUGGUAUAAUGACUGGCUUGUCAAUGAAUGAGAAUUCAUCUAAAUUGAAACAGAAAGGAAUCUCUUCUGAGACACGCCCUGAAAAUAUAUUUUCCAAUUUCAGCAAUCAAGCUUCUAGUGAUGCUUUGAGUGGUUUCCAUGGUUCCCAAGCCGCUGGGAUGAAUGCAAAUAUGAUGCUUCCUUUAGGGACCAUGCCAUAUGCCGUUCCUCCUGGAAUAAUAGUGAACCCAGCCUUUUCUUCUCAACCUAUGAAUUACGGUGCUAUGGGUAGUUUCAUUGCUCAGCAGCAAUUACUUGCAACAAUGUCUAACUUACAACACUUUGGUAAUUGUAAUGCAAAAAAAGCUGGCAUCAAUAAUGUUUCCAGUGGAUCUAAUGGAGGACCACCUCUGCCUGACAUAUUCCAGUCAAAUUUUACAACUCAAAUGCCUAGUUCAAUGAUAAAUAGUUCAAAGAACGAGGACAUAAGAGCAUUUGAUUUCAUUUCGGAUCAUCUCGCGGCAGCCCGUGAUCCAAAAAGGACGGUGUAAGGUUUGUGCUUGCACCCUACAUACCGUCUUAUAGAAUAUUACAACACUUAAAUAAUAGUACUGUUCUUUUGGAACAAUGAAGCUUUGACAUUACAUGCAUCGUUGACCAUUGCUUUGCAUGUAGUAGGGGGGGGGGGUUAACAUCCUUAUAAUUAAAAUGUAGAGGCUAUGAAUCUUUUAGGCUUUGUAUUCGAGAUGAAAGAAAAUUGGAAAAAUCUUUGUGCAGUUAAUUGUUCCAAACAAAAAAAGAGUAGAAUGAAAAAAAUGUUUAAAUAAAUGAGACCUAAGAAACGGUGUAAGGACAGAAGAUGCUGAGAUUCGAAUUCCAAAUUUGCUGAAUACCAUUUUUUUCAUCAUGGUUACAUGAAUCAACUAAGAUGAGUUAUGUAUUUAAUUGUUUUUUAAUUUAAUAAUUAAGAUUCAUAAUCGCAUUUGUUAUUUCUAGCUCAACUUUUGGAAUUUUUCUCUCCCCCUUUUUUGUAUCUUUGUUAGUGUAAAAUAGGAUCACUUAAUAGUUCUGAAUGUACUAUAUUUACUUUUACAAUCUUCAUAUUUAAUAUAUAUUUCAAGUAUAA